GCCUAUGUGUGUCCAAUAUUCCCCGUUAACCGUUUUUGUUUCUGAAGCGGCCUGUACGUGGUACUUAACAAUAUUUUGUAAGAGCUAGAUUAGCAGGUGUAAUUGUGUAAAUACUUCCAUUUCCAUUCGCGCUAUCAGUUUUUAUCACAUACCGCUAGCACGAAAACCGAGGUAAUGAGGACCUACAGAUCAUCUCUAAACUUAAAAAUAAUUAACUGUCAUCUACUAGCCCGUUUCAGAAACGGGAAGCCGAGAACAUUUAGCGCACAUAAGCCUCGUACGAUACCACGUGAAGUGGUUUGUAUUAAAUCGUAAAUGUGCUUAAAGUACGAAGCAAUGCAUUGGCCAUAGGCUAUAACAUAGCAAAUUUUAAACUUCUAAAUUCUGUUUGGCCACGCCCUACUGACCAUGGCAGAUGAAACUAUUUUUUUAAGCAUACCCUAGUGUUACUCUGCAACCCUGCAAAAAAUGAAAUUUUUCUGAGAGGGGGGCCGGUGACGCUGCCCUGGUAAGACCGCAACAUCGUUCGCUGGCCGACUACUUUGCGCAUGCAGAGUAUCAUGAUCACAGUUUUGUAAUAGAAAUUGCUUUUUAGAAUUGGUCAAAAUUACUACGAUUCAUAAUUGUACAGCAUGUAUUAUGGGAAUAUCAGAUUAAAUUUUGUCAUCUUUUUCUCUGUUACUUAUCUUUAAUACGAUGCAUAGCUCAUUUGCAUAUUUAAUAAAAAAAACUGCAAAAAGUCUGUCCAUACUCUGCAGUAAAUGCAAAGCGACCUUGUCUCUUUAAAUGGCGGAUGUUAAAUCUUCUUCUUCCCUCGUACGAGUAUAUAUAAUAAUAUAAAUAUUAAUGGUACAAAAUUAAACUAAUGGUUUUAUAACUCGUAGGACGUAAUUACUUUAACCCAUAAUUAAGCUGACCGCAGUCUCUAUACGGAAGAUUUUGAAUUUCUCUCGCAGGUCACUCAAAUUUACAGUACUCGUACUAUAGAAAUACACUAUUGCAUAGCAGUCUUUCUUACUUUUCUGAAAAUUCAUGACAAUGAUACUAGCUUACUUCAAUUAAUAAAAGAAGCUAGAAUAAACGUCCCAUAAAUUCGGGGGGAUUCGACAUUCCAGACUGCCACGCCUUUUCCGAUUAAAACACCCUUCCUAUGGCAGUCACUUGAAUAAAUGGCUUGUAAGCAAAGCCAACCGCCAAUUUAAGCUCCUCAUGCUGUUUAAACUGCUGAACUGGUGACUACAAGUUCUGUAAAUUAGUUUUUCCCUUUUUUUUGUACUCUUUGAAUUCUCGUCAUUAGCCUGAUGCCCGCAAGAUUUGCAACGGAUUCAUUUACUAGGUAUUUGUAAUGUUUAAUUCCGGGAAUCGCGGUCGCGGUCGUGGCGUUACAAAUGCGCUGGGAUCCAACCGAGGCCGAGGAGCGAGCAGCUCCUUCAACGGAGGCCGCGGAGGAUUCAACUCGUCAUCGAGCGCAGGCAGCGGGAAUGCUCGCGGGGGGCGAGGAUCAGGUGGGAAUGCGAACGGGACGCCUGCUUUCUUAACCCAGUAUACGAAAUCGAUGCCGCUUUCCAAACAAAACAGCGUGGAAGAUGAUGAGGAGAUGGUUUACGAUGCGUUCCAGGAUGACUUCGAAGUCGAUAUGCCUGACGAUGACAUGGUAUCUAGCGAUUCCUUGACUGCUCCAGAUCAAGGAACGGAUUCACUCGAUGGGGCACUGUCGAAGGCGUGGGGCCGUCCUCAGGUUGCCGAGAUUGAUCCGAGCCGCGACACUCUGGUGUUUCAGCAGGUGGAAGUCGAUCACACCAUCGAAUACGCGGUGCCCGGCCUUUCCAGUUUUCAGGGCCAGGGUCCCGUGAUUCGCUUGUUUGGCAGCACGAUGGAUGGACGGAGUGUACUCUGCCAUGUUCAUGGAUUUCACGCUUAUUUUUACGUACAAAUCCCGGAUGAUAUCGAACAGGCUAAAACUUUGCAGUACAGCAAACAGUUUCAUACGGGUCUGAACAGGCGGUUGAUGCAAGAAAGCACCGUUUCCCGCGCACUCAGCUCUGGCUCUCAAGGAGCUGCUUCCGGUGUGGCUGUGAUUCAAACGGAAGUCGUCAAGAAACAGGAUUUGUAUGCCUUUCAUGGUGGUACUAACGAAACGAGAAAUUUCAAGCGAUUCCUCAAAGUUAUCGUGGCACAACCGCGAUUUAUAGCACCGGCGAGACGAGUGCUGGAAGACGGCUCUUUUGGUCGCGUGUUUGUAACGUACGAGAGUAACGUGGAGUUUGAGAUUUGUUACAUGGUGGAUGCUGAAGUAUACGGCUGCAACUGGAUUGAGUUACCUGCAGGAAAAUACAAAACUCGAACGACCUCCAGUAAAUUUAGUCCAGAAUUUCAAAGUGGAAAGGCUACAGUAUCGCGCUGUCAGAUCGAAGUGGACGUCAAGUGGGUAAACAUGAAGUCUCAUUACCCGGAUGAUGAGUGGAGCGGUAUGGCGCCCUUUCGUAUCCUAAGCUUCGAUAUUGAAUGCGCCGGCAGGAAAGGAAUUUUCCCGGAGCCCAAUUGCGAUCCUGUCAUACAGAUUGCCAGUAUGGUGCAGCGAAAUGGGGAAAAGGAACCCUUUAUCCGUACCGUUUUCACACUGAAGAAAUGUGCACCCAUUGUUAACUCCAAGGUAAUUUGCUUUGAAACCGAGGAAGAACUCUUGGACCAUUGGGCUACAUUCGUCCGUUUGGUGGAUCCGGAUAUCGUUACUGGUUAUAACAUCCAAAAUUUCGACUUUCCGUAUUUAAUAGAUCGUGCUGCCCACUUAAAGCGUAGUAGAUUCCCAUUUCUCGGGCGUCUGAAAAAGACCGUCACGCGUGUUCGCGAAGUUCAGCUGCAAUCCAAGCAAAUGGGUGCUCGCAAAAACAAGUUUUGCAACAUCGAGGGACGAGUAACUUUUGAUUUGUUGCAAGUUCUUCUGCGGGAUUACAAGCUCCGCUCGUACACUUUGAAUGCCUUGAGCUACCACUUCCUGCAAGAGCAAAAGGAGGAUGUGCAGCAUACAAUCAUUACGGACCUGCAGAACGGGAAUGAGCACACGCGCCGACGCUUGGCAGUGUAUUGUUUGAAGGAUGCCUGGUUGCCGUUAAGGUUGAUCGACAAGCUGAUGAGCUUGGUAAAUUAUAUGGAAAUGGCCAGAGUGACCGGAGUACCGCUGUCCUAUUUAUUAGCACGAGGCCAACAAGUCAAAGUGGUGUCGCAGCUGCUUCGAGCAGCGGCAAAAGAAGGCUACGUGAUGCCUGCAAGACAUGUUCAAACUGGCGACGAAUUCACCGGUGCUACAGUGAUUGAACCAAAACUGGUUAGUGGUUACUACACGAAGCCUAUCGCAACGUUGGAUUUUGCUUCGCUGUAUCCGUCUAUCAUGAUGGCGCACAAUCUGUGUUAUACCACCCUGAUUGAAAAAGGAAAACUGUCUGAACUAAAUCUUUCACCUGAGGAAUUCAUAAAAACCCCAUCCGGAGAUAUGUUUGUUAAGGCCACCGUGGUCAAAGGAUUGAUGCCUAAGAUUUUGGAGAACCUGCUGGCUACGCGAAAGAAAGCAAAGGCUGAUCUAGCCAAAGAAACCGAUCCGUUGCGGAAGAAGGUGUUGGACGGAAGGCAGUUGGCACUGAAAAUCAGUGCUAAUUCUGUUUAUGGUUUUACAGGGGCUCAGGUCGGGAAGUUACCAUGUUUGGAAAUUUCCGGCAGUGUGACGGCAUUUGGACGUUACAUGAUCGAGGAAUCCAAAAAGCAUACGGAAGCGCACUUCACGAAAGCCAAUGGUUUUGCUCACGAUGCGGAAGUCAUUUAUGGUGACACGGACUCUGUCAUGGUCAGUUUCGGAGUGGACACACUGGAAGAAGCCAUGAAGUUAGGGCGCCAAGCAGCGGAUAUCAUCACACAGAAGUUUGUUAAGCCGAUCAAGCUGGAUUUUGAGAAGGUGUAUUUUCCGUGUCUGCUUAUUAACAAAAAGCGCUAUGCGGGAUUGUACUUCACUAACACUGAAACUCACGACAAAAUGGAUUGCAAAGGUAUUGAAACCAUCCGCCGUGAUAACUGCCCGCUCGUGGCCAAUUUAAUCAACAUGUGCCUCGAAAAACUCCUGAUUGAUGAAGACAAAGAGGGCGCAAUCUCGUAUGCUAAACAGACCAUUUCCGAUCUGUUAUGCAACCGUGUGGAUAUAUCUCAAUUGGUGAUAACCAAAGAACUGACGAAGAAAGACGGCGAAUACAAAGCGAAGCAGGCGCAUGUCGAACUGGCCCACCGUAUGCACAUACGCGAUGCCGGCUCAGCGCCCAAUCUAGGCGACCGUGUGCCGUACGUGAUCAUCGCCGCCGCCAAAGGCACACCGGCCUUCGAAAAGUCCGAGGAUCCCAUCUACGUUCUAGAGAAUAACAUCCCCAUCGAUACGCAGUACUAUUUGGAAAAUCAACUGUCCAAGCCGUUAGUGAGGAUCUUCGGGCCCAUCCUGGGCAGCGAAGACAAGGCGGAGUCGGUGUUACUGCGUGGUGAUCACACCCGGACGAAGACGAUCGUUACGUCGAAGGUGGGGAAGUUAUCUGCGUGGACGGUGGCCAGGGCGUCGUGUAUCGGCUGUAACUGUAAGGCGGUGCUGAAGGAUCAACGAGAGGCCUUGUGUGAGCACUGCCAGAAGAACGGUGGCGAGGUUUAUCAGAACCAGAUAGCGGAUUUGUGUCAGAUGGAGGAGAAGUAUCAUUCCAUGUGGGUGCAGUGUCAGCGCUGUCAGGGCAGUUUGCACCAGGAUGUUAUCUGCACCAAUCGGGAUUGUACUAUUUUCUACAUGCGGAAAAAAGCGCAGAAAGAUUUAGAAGAGCAAGGGAAGAUAGUGCAACGGUUUGAUUAUGGGGAAUGGUAAUUGGAUUUUGAAAAAUGCCGAUGAAAUGUACGUACUGACGAUAAUUUGGCUCCUUCCACUUUUCGCGUUAGCUUAACGACUUUUAACAGAAGGCGUUUUUCAUUGCGUUAUUUGCUGCUGCAUGAAAGUAUACCUUGAGAAUAACAAUACGUAUGGUGUCAUAAAUGUUUUC